AUGGCCACUGAAGGACUUUUAUUUUCCCUCUACGAAGGGUGCAUCUCCGGCUGCGACAUCACCGUCGAGCGCCGCCCCUACCACCGGAACUGCCAGUGUGCACUCCACGACAAGUCCCGCGGCAAUUGUCCCCAUGCAUCUGCUAAGAGCAAGACUGUUUCUUAUCCUCUAAGGAGAGCCUGGAGUGAGGGAUGCUUGGCCUUGUCUGCAGCUUCUUCUUGUCAUUCUUCGCCGUCUUCUUCCCCGGCUCGGUCGGCCGGGAUUCAUGGGGCGGCAGGAAAGCACCAUAUGGAAUCAUGUAAAGAAGAGGAGGAAGAUAAUAAUAUUCAGCUGGAAAGUACAAUCAAGCUGUGUAAAUGA